AUGCCAACAAUGCGAGGCGAUGCUAUGCGUGGAUUAGCCGUUUUUAUAUCGGAUAUUCGAAAUUGUAAAAGUCGUGAAGCAGAAUUACGACGUAUCAAUAAAGAAUUAACGAAUAUUCGACAACGAUUUCGAGCUGAUAAAACUUUGGAUGGAUAUCAAAAGAAAAAAUAUGUAUGUAAAUUAUUAUUUAUAUUUUUACUUGGUCAUGAUAUUGAUUUUGGUUAUAUGGAAGCAGUUAAUUUAUUAAGUUCAAAUAAAUAUACAGAAAAACAAAUUGGUUAUUUAUUUAUUUCUGUAAUUAUGAAUUCAAGUACAGAAAUGAAACAAUUAAUUAUCCAAAAUAUUCGAAAUGAUUUACAAAGUCGAAAUCCAAUAUUUAUUAAUUUAGCAUUACAAUGUGUUGCAAAUAUUGGAGAUAGAGAAAUGGCUAUUGCAUUUACAAAUGAUAUUCCACGUUUACUUAUUUCAGGAGAUACAUUAGAUGCAGUAAAACAAUCAGCUGCACUUUGCUUAUUAAGACUUCAUCGUACAAGUCCAGACUCAUUACAAUUAAAUACAGAAUGGACAGCGAGAAUUAUUCAUUUACUGAAUGAUCAACAUUUAGGUGUAGCUACAGCAGCUGUUAGUUUAAUUGAUGCAUUGGUUAAACGAAGUCCUGAUGAAUAUAAAGGAUGUAUUAAUUUAGCUGUAUCACGUUUAAGUCGAAUUGUAACAUCAUCAUAUACUGAUUUUCAAGAUUACACUUAUUAUUUUGUUCCUGCUCCAUGGCUUUGUGUUAAAUUAUUACGUUUAUUACAAAAUUAUCCUCCACCAGAUGAUCCAUCAAUUCGAAGUCGUUUAAAUGAAUGUCUUGAUACAAUACUUAAUAAAGCUCAAGAACCAUUAAAAUCUAAAAAAGUUCAACAUUCAAAUGCACGUAAUGCUGUUUUAUUUGAAGCUAUUAAUUUAAUAAUUCAUAUGGAUUGCGAAUCAAGUUUACUUGUACGUGCAUGUAAUCAACUCGGACAAUUUUUACAAAAUCGUGAAACAAAUCUUCGAUAUCUUGCUUUGGAAAGUAUGUGUUUAUUAGCAACAUCAGAAUUUUCACAUGAAGCAGUUAAAAAACAUCAAGAAACAGUGAUUAAUGCAUUAAAAAGUGAACGUGAUGUUAGUGUUCGUCAACGUGCUGUUGAUCUUUUAUAUGCAAUGUGUGAUCGUUCAAAUGCUCAAGAUAUUGUACAAGAAAUGUUAACAUAUCUUGAAACAGCUGAUUAUACAAUUCGAGAAGAAAUGGUUCUUAAAAUUGCUAUACUUAGUGAGAAAUAUGCUAUUGAUUAUAAAUGGUAUUUAGAUAUAAUGCUGAAAUUAAUUCGUAUUGCUGGUGAUUUUGUUUCGGAAGAAGUUUGGUAUCGUGUUAUACAAGUUGUUGUCAAUCGAAACGAUGUGCAAAGUUAUGCAGCAAAAAUUGCAUUUGAAGCACUUCAAGCACCAGCUUGUCAUGAAAAUAUGGUUAAAGUAGCUGGUUAUAUUCUUGGAGAAUAUGGAAAUUUAAUUGCACUUGAUCCAAGAUCAACACCGAUGAUUCAAUUUGAUUUACUUCAUUCAAAAUAUCAUUUAUGUUCACCAACAACUCGUUGUUUACUUCUAUCGACUUAUAUGAAAUUUGUUAAUCUCUUUCCGGAAAUUAAACAUCAUAUUCAAGAUAUUCUUCGUCAUGAUUCAAAUUAUCGUAGUUCUGAUGUUGAAAUUCAACAACGUGCAAUUGAAUAUCUUAAAUUAAGUGAAAUAUGUAAUCCAACUGUAUUAGCUACUGUUCUUGAAAUUAUGCCACCUUAUCCAGAAAAACAAUCACCAUUACUUGUUCGUCUUAAACAAAAGAAACCAUUAAUAGAAUCUGAAAAUGUUAAUGAACCGUCAUCACCAUCAACAACAACAGCGGCACAUACUGAAGAUGGUCCAAAAUUAGCUGAAACAGCUAUGCAUCUUAAUCAUCAUCAACAACAACAACAACAAAAUGGUCUUCUUGUAUCUCUUGAUAUUCCUGAAUCAAAUGGUCAUUAUGAAGAAUCAACAUCGAAUUCUUUUGCUUCAUUAACAAAAUCUUCCACAUCAACAGUUCAAUCAAACAAAAAAUUUUUAUUUAAAAAUAGUGAUAUUAUAUUUGAAAAUGAAUUAAUUCAAAUUGGUAUUAAAGGUGAAUUAAUGAAAAGUUCAAUGCAUAUUGAAUUAUAUUAUGGAAAUAAAACAAAUUUUAAUUUAAUAAAUUUUUCAACAAAUUUUUUUCUCUCAGGAGAUUUAGAAUCAGAACUUCGAAUGAAUAUGGAACCAAUUAAAACAACAAUUGAUUCACGAGCACAAAUCAAACAAAGUGGAACAAUUGAUUGUUUAAAAGAUUUUUAUGAUUUACCUAAAAUGAAUAUCACAUUUUAUUAUAAUAAUAUACCACAAAAAAUUGAUUAUUCAUUUCCAUUAUAUUUAAAUAAAUAUCUUGAAAAAGCUGAUAUGGAUUCGAAUAAUUUCUUUCUUCGAUGGAGAAACCUUGAAAAACCAAAUCAAGAAUGUCAGAAAAUUUUUCCAGCUAAAUUUCCUAUGAUAUAUGAUGAUUGCCGUCAAAAACUCGAAGGCUUUGGUUGGAGUAGUUUAACUGGAAUUGAUGUUAAUUCAGAGAAUUUUUGUGGUGCAGGUAUUAUUCAUACAGUAUCACAACAAAUUGGUUGUCUUUAUCGACUUGAACCAAAUAAACAAGCAAACAUGUAUCGUUUAACAAUUCGAGCAAGUAAAGAUGGUGUUGCUAAACGAUUUGCUGAAUUACUUGAAGAUCAAUUUUAA